GCUGACUUCUACGACGUCUCAGGUUGACCGCCAACAUUGCCUCCAGCCUUCUUUCCCAUCGCUUCCUCCCUCCAUUUCCGCCAUUCCAAAAGCUUCUACCUCUCUCUCUCUCUCUCUCUCUCUCUCUCUCUCUCUCACACACACACACACACACACAUGGCGUCCCGUGUCGCCUUGGUCUCCUUCCUUCUUCUCCUUGCUGCGGCUCCUGCCAUGUCCACCAACUACGAAGGGGAGGCGCUGCAAGCGCUGAGGGCGAGGCUCUCCGACCCAAGCAACGCGCUCCAGAGCUGGAACCCCAGCCUCGUCAACCCCUGCACCUGGUUCCAUGUCACUUGCGAUGUUCGCAACCGCGUCAUCCGCCUGGAUUUGGGCAAUUCCAACAUCUCUGGUCCUUUGGCUCCCGAGCUCGGCCGCCUCCAGGACCUCCAGUAUCUGGAGCUCUACGGGAACAACUUCGAAGGGAAGAUCCCUGAAGAAUUGGGCAAUUUGAAGAGCCUCAUCAGCAUGGAUUUGUAUGGGAACCGAUUGGAGGGAGAAAUCCCCAAGUCCUUUGCCAAGUUGAAGUCGCUCCGGUUCCUGCGUCUGAACAACAAUAAGCUUUCAGGAUCCAUACCGAGGGAGCUUGUGACGCUCUCCAACCUAAAAGUCUUUGAUGUUUCAAACAAUGAUCUUUGUGGAACUAUUCCAAUUGAUGGCCCAUUUGCUACCUUCCCCAUCCAGAGUUUUGGCAACAACAGCAGACUAAACGGACCGGAGCUGCAAGGACCGGUCCCUUAUGAUUUCGGAUGCUGAAUGCAACACGAUCUACUUCCCCUACAGAGGCAUUUGGAAUGAUAUACUUGAAUGAAUUCUUGUACUUGCGCUAGAGGGAAGCUAUUGUAGUUAUAAAAUGCUAAGGCAGAUGGAGCUUUUUUUUUAACAUGUUUGACUUUACCUAGCAACAUUAUCAACCCACAGUUAAAGAUGAUAUAAAGAUCGAAAGCUUAUAUUGUGCUGAAUUGCAUGUUUUUUUCA